UUAACUUCCUUGUUGGAAGUGAAGGACAUGGAAAGGACAUUUAUAAGUUAAACCCUAAAUGUGACAGGACUAUGGCAUCAAAUUUUGAAUCCUCCAUUCAGCGGGGCUGUGAUUUCAUCCACGAUUUCGUCUGUUCCCCAUGCGAAGAAGAUGGAUUGAACACGGAAGCUCAAUAUUUCUGUAAUCAGUGUACGAAAUAUUACUGCGUAAACUGUGUCCCAGUUCACAACAAGCUAUUCAAGAGACACUCGGUGCUCGACCGGACGGACAUGACGAAAUGGGCAGCAGCACCAGGGAUGGUGGACGUCCUUGAGAGAUGCGAGAGGCAUCCCGGGGAGGCGCUCAAGCUGGUCUGUGGUGACCAUGACCAGCUGUGUUGUCACGUGUGCGUUGCCAUGGAUCAUAGACAAUGUUCAGCAAUACAGCACAUUCCAGACGUUGCAAAGGGCAUCCGCAAAGAUCCCGAGUUUCGUCAACUACCUCAACGGGUAGCCGUUCUUAGGGUGCAGAUUGAAGAUAUGAAAAACGGCAGAAAGAAAAAUAGUUCUUCACUGAGGAAGACUCGAACAGCCAUUGUUGAUGAAAUCAAAGCAAUCCGUAGAAAAAUCAACGACAUUCUUGACAAGAUGGAGAAAACAACCGUUCAAGAAUUAGACGGUCUGGUGGCUGAUCAGGAACUGUCCAUGAAGAAAGAUAUGGAAUCCUGCACACAGAUGCACGAUGAAUUAAAGAGCAUCAUAGAUAACAUACAAAGCAAAGACUCAUCAGGCGAACCACCCCUAUACAUUGGGUUCAGAAAAUGUGAAGAAAUAAUCAAACAAGCCAACGAAAUUCUGCAAAACAUGUCAAAUGUUGUUAAAUACAAUAUCACUUUUCGUAAACAUAAUGAAAUAGAAGAUAAUUUGUCUUCGAUGAAGACAUUUGGAGAGUUAAAUGAAUCGAAUGUUUUUUGUAAACAUUCAAAGAUAUCACUAUUCCCGCGAGAUCAUGUAUUCGCCACCAACGGUACCAAGGAGUACAACGUGAAGAUGAGUUCAGACAAAGGUAAAUGUGCUAUUCAAGGGAUAUGUGAACUGCCUGAUGGAGAGAUUGUUAUUACAGACUACAAAAACAGAAAAGUUAAACUCCUGGACCGGGAGUACAGGGUUGUCGACCAUUGUGAUGUCCCCGAGUAUUCGUGGGACCUGUGCCACAUUGGCGGAAAUGAGGUUGUCGUUUGUGUUAACAAUAACGACGAUAGAUGUGAACUUCUUUUCAUUAACAUUACAAAAGGGAAACUUGUGACUACGAGAAAAUUAAGUUUCACCCAUAGAUGUUACGGCGCAGCUCAUCACGGAAACAACCUUUACAUUUCAUCAGGCACCGCGCUGUACUUCUAUACGAUGACGGGGAAGCUGAUAGAGAAGCUGUACGAGGACAAGUCCGGUGAUUACACGGUGAGGAGAAUUGCGAUCAGUAACGACGGGAAGACUAUCUACAUCACAAACAACUCAAACGAUCAACUUAUCACCCUGGACAACCUCGGCAACAAGCUGGCCACAUUCACUGAUCCUGACUUGGUGGGACCUUGGGGAGUACACGUGACAACUGCUGGACACGUGUUCGUCUGCUGCCGUGCUUCCGGUACAGUACUACAGGUUGUCAAGGACGGGAAGACUAAGUUGACCACACUGGGAAGGAAACAAGAUGGAGUGUACGCACCUAGAGCUUUGUACUUCAGCAGCCGUACUUCCUCUCUGGUUGUCGGCGGAUGGAACAACACGCUCCUCGUCAUCAGUGUUCGAUAAGGCGUGAGACCACAGUUAUUUUUACUAUAUGUUUCAUAUAGACACUAACCUGGCUUUUGACUUUAUACACACCCCAAUUGAAAAACAAGGACAUGGCAUCUCUAGAACAAUUCAAGACACAAAAUAUAAUCACAAGAGAACACCAUGUUGACCAUUGACCCGACUGUCAAAAUUGAGUUCAAAUACAUAACCCUUCCGCCAGGGAGUCAAUCGGCUACAAACAACUAAUUUUCAGACUUCCACAAGCUAUGAUUUUUCCAAUAUUUACAUUGAAAACUAUCAAUUUCUGCAAUAGAGUGUCAAAUUCAGUCAAGUUCUCUGCAAAAAGAACAUUUUUUGCUUCUUUUUCAUUCAAUUUUAAUAAAAUAUUGAUACUUGAACACAAGCACUCUUUGUUUCUGUAUUCAUAUCCGGAUCUUGGUCAACGGGGGGCAGAUAACUGUGGUCUUGAGCCUAUUUAAGCAACAUUUUUUCAGAAACAGACUUCAAAACUCCUAUAGU